UCUGACAGGCGCAACCGGAAGCAGAAAUUGCCGAGCCCCCCUCGUCCCGGCGCGAUGAGGUUCCGGUUCUGUGGUGACCUAGACUGUCCCGACUGGGUCCUGGCUGAGAUCAGCACGCUGGCCAAGAUUUCCUCUGUGAAGCUGCGGCUGCUGUGCAGCCAGGUGUUGAGGGAGCUCCUAGGACAGGGGAUUGACUAUGAGAAGAUCCUGAAGCUCACAGCUGAUGCAAAGUUUGAGUCAGGCGACGUGAAGGCCACGGUGGCAGUGUUGAGCUUCAUCCUCUCCAGCGCGGCCAAGCACAGCGUCGACGGCGAGUCCCUUUCCAGCGAGCUGCAGCAGCUGGGCCUGCCCAAAGAGCAUGCAGCCAGCCUGUGCCGUUGUUACGAGGAGAAGCAGAGCCCCCUGCAGGAGCACCUGCGAGCCUGCAGCCUGCGCGUGAACAGGUUGGCGGGUGUGAGCUGGCGGGUGGACUAUACCCUGAGUUCCAGCCUGCUACGGUCCGUGGAUGAACCCAUGGUGCACCUGCGCCUGGAGGUGGCCGCUGCCCCAGGUGCCCCUGCCCAGCCUGUCACCAUGUCCCUCUCAGCAGACAAGUUCCAGGUCCUCCUGGCAGAACUGAAGCAGGCCCAGGCCCUCAUGAGCUCCCUGGGCUGAGGAGAAAAGUGUCCCGCACUGUGGAGCCGCCCACCCCGUGUGGAGUCUCUGCCCUCUGGUCCCUUCAGGAGCGGCCCCAGUUCUGGAUGCUGAGGGCCGGGCCUGGCCCCCCAGAUCCCUGGCUGCUGAGCUUCCCACCUGAGAAUGCACCACAGAGCUCCCAAGGACAUUUCCAGCGUCGCCUUCCCUCCCCCUGAAAGGCACUUGUCAGCCAUUUUCAUGAGCAGGAGGAAUAAACCGAAGUAUGAAGGGG